UCCCACCUUCCUCCCUUCGUCCCUCAUCCUCUCUCGAUUCAGUUCUGUUAGGUGUCCUGUGAAGUAUAGAGUUCUUACUUUUCUGUCACAAGAUGUCCUGGACCCGAGUCUUCGUGCUCUCCUUGCUCCCCGCCCUCCUCCUCCUCCACCUCUUUUCCAGUGAGGUGGAAAGUGCAGCAGUCAAGGACCACUCAAAACCACUCGAUCACAAAGGUGCAGCAGGGCAGGUGUUCAUGCCCGAGUCAGACGCAUCCAGCUUCAUCAAACGCCGCAGUCGCCGCUCAUCCCGGUACUACGAGAUCCAAAUCGAGCAGAGGGUAAAGAUUGCUGCAAGUGAGCAGAGAAGGGAGUACAACGAGGAGCAAAGGACUGAGCAAGAGCACUACGUGGAGGAGGUGCGUGAUGAGCAAAAUGAGAGAACGAGGGAGACCAAUGAGCAGUAUCGAGAGUAUCACUACGACGGCUUUUCUCCUCAGUACUACUGGUUCCACUGAGAGCGCUCAUACUGCCUUCACCUGUACUACAGUAUACUGCCGUCCUUUGUACCAGAGUAUACUGCUAAUACUGUCUUCACCUGUACCGCAGUAGUACCGCCGUCCCAUGUACUAGAGUAUACUGCUAAUACUGUCAUUGCUUGUACCUCAGUAUACUAGUAUUGUCAUCAACUGUACCAGAGUAUACUGCUAGUAUUGUCUCUACUGCAAUCACAAGAGUAUACUGUUAAUACUGUUAUCAAGUGUACCAGAGUGUACUGAAAGUACUGCUAAUACUGCCAUCAACUGUACCAAAAUUAUACUGUUAGUACUGCCAUCACCUGUACUAGAGUAUAUUGAUAAUACUGACAUCACCUGUACCAGAGUAAACUACCAAAGUUGUGUCUGUUUUCCUACUUUCAUCAACAAGAUAAAUAAUUUUUUUACUUCUUAUUUGUAACAAAAUUGUUCAAUAUGUAUCUCCAUGAAAACUGUUAAAUAUAUAAUAAGCACAGUUUUUGUAUUAAAGGCCACACUUUAUCAUAUUAAAUGUAGUCUCUAUGCUGUGCAUGCUUGUAUUUACUGCAUUUUUUUUACAUUUAAGCAACACAAUGCCCUGUCUUUAUUUUUAGUCGGUUGCAGUAGCAGCAACAAAACAAACUCUUACUUUAAGAGCCAAAAGAAACUGUCUGAGUCAAAAUGACUUUCCUGAUUCCAGGCCACUGAUGUGUUUUUACUUAGCUUAGCACUGUCUGGUAUGUGGAGUAUUUAAAGGGAGGGAGGCGGUGUGGAGUAAAGGAAAAGAUGAGGAGA